GUCCUCCCCUUCUUGGCCUGCCUUCCUCCUUCCAACCCCAACUCAAAACCACCGGCCUCCCAUAACUCCAACCAGCACAUAACCACCCUCUCCCACUGCCCCCCAAGAACCCACCGGCGGCAAGAGCCAGCCACAUGGCGCCGUCGCCACUGCCGCCACGGCGAGCCGCGCUGCUGCUGCUGUCGUCUCUCCUGCUGCUCUCCGCCGUCGCCCACGCGGCCCGGGAGUCGGCGGCGGCGGCGAAGUUGAGAGGCCACGCGGAGCUCCGAAGCCAGCACGGCGAGGUGGACGGCGAGGAGGCGGCGGGCUUCACGGCGGCGGACGACGACGGCGGCCCGUGCGGCGGCGGCGGAGGAGGAGGCGAAGCAGAGGAGGAGUGCCUGGUGAGGCGGACGCUGGUGGCGCACACCGACUACAUCUACACCCAGGGAGGAGGCCACAACUAGCUACUCCGAGCUCUCGCAGCUGCCUCUGCAGAUCGAGAUAUCUCGAUGCAACCUUCCAUUCCAUCCAGUGUCGAUCCUGUUCAUAUGAUCCAAUGGGAAAAGGCUGUGUUAGUGAAGAUGAUCAGAUGAGUUUUGCGAGGCUCUGUUGUUGUGCAUGAAUGUAACCUUUUCUCUGAACUGGUCGAUGAAUUGAUUGUACGGCAGUUGGUGAACGAAAACCACUGCUUCGUUGUUAAUUCGCUGUCUGGGACAGGAGAUUAUUGUACCCUC